AUGAAGCCGUUCGUGUGUCUGCGUUGCCGGCUCGCCGCCCGCCAUGGAGGCGCGGCGGCGGCAGCAGCAGCAGCAAGAUGGCCGAGAGCCCCGCUUGCCCGUGCGUUCUCUUCGUCGCCCAAGCCCGUGCCCAACGUGAAACACGUCCGCGCCCACGCCGACCGCUACGCCCAAGCGUGCCGCGACCGCCACUACGCCGCCCUCGCCGACCAUCCUGCACGCAUCCAAGCCCUUGCGGACGAGGCUGCCCAGCUGCAGAAAGCCCUGGACGCGCCGCGGACGGAAAUAAAAUCCGUCCAACGGGAAAUUGCCCGCGUGGCUGCGGAUCCGGACGCGCGCGAUGGAGAACUGGACGCCCUGCGCGCACAGGCUAAGAAGCUCAAGGAUGCCUCGCAAGGCCUGGUGGACCGUCGUGAGUCCUGCGUCGAACAGAUCCGCCAGCUGGCUCUCUCUUUGCCGAACCUCUCAUCCAGUGAGACGCCCGUCGGAGAUAUCCCCCGUAUCGUGGGCUACAUCAACUACGACCCAUCCAAUCCGCCCUCCCACAUCUCCUCCCCGUCCCGUAACCACGUCUCCAUCGGCACAGCGCUCGGUCUACUCGACUUCUCCAGCGCCGCGACCUCGUCCGGCUGGGGAUGGUACUACCUGAUCAACGAGGGCGCCCUGCUGGAGCAGGCGCUGGUGCAGUAUGCGCUGAGCGUCGCCAUGCGGCGUGGCGGCUGGACGCCCGUGGCCCCGCCGACGCUGGUCUACGCGGAUAUCGCCGAGGCGUGUGGGUUCCAGCCGCGCGACGCCAACAAUGAGCAGCAGAUCUGGGCCAUUGAGCAGAGCGAGAAGGAUAAGAGCAAGCCGCAGCGCUGUCUGACGGGUACGGCGGAGAUUCCGCUGGCGGCGAUGUAUGCGGGCCGGGAGAUCCCCGCGGAGAAGUUGCCAAUGAGGUGUAUUGGUGUGAGCCGGUGCUAUCGCGCCGAAGCGGGUGCGAGAGGCGUGGAUACGAAAGGGUUAUACCGCGUGCAUGAGUUCACGAAGGUCGAGCUCUUCGCCUGGGCUGAUGAUUUCUCAGAAACAACUAUAGACAACACCCCAGCAACGACGAUGACUUCGUCCUCCCUCUUUGCCGAAAUGCUCUCCAUCCAAACCGAAAUCCUCACCUCUCUCAACCUCCCCUGCCGCAUUCUCGAAAUGCCUACAGGUGACCUCGGCGCCAGCGCCGCCCGCAAGCAGGAUAUCGAGGCCCUCUUCCCCUCUCGUCUAAACAGCUCCGCCCCUGCAGCCACAGACCCUGUCUUCGACACGAACGGCUGGGGCGAACUAACGUCUGCAUCCAUUUGUACCGACUACCAAAGCCGUCGUCUGGGGACGCGUGUGCGCAGUGGUAGCACGAUGCGCUUCCCGCAUACCGUCAAUGGCACGGCUGUUGCGGUGCCGCGGGUGCUGGCGGCGAUUCUGGAGCAUGGGUGGGAUGAAGAGCGGGGGGUUGUGGUGGUGCCUGAAGUUCUGCGGAGUUGGAUGGGUGGGCUGGAGACCAUUGGUCGAAAGGCCUGA